GUCACUCUCUCCCCAUACAUUAGCAGAAGGCCUUUUCCUUAGCAAGGAGCAAAAGAAAAAAGGAAGAAGAACAUAAUUUACUUUAAGCAGAAAAAAAAUGACCCGUGUGAAUAGUUUCUCCCUCUUGAUUCUCAUCUUCACUCAGCUCCUUUUGCUAAUUGAUGUUUCUGCUUCGAGCUCUUGUCAAAAGAAAUGUGGUGGAAUCGAGAUCUUGUACCCAUUUGGGAUCGGAGUGGGUUGCUAUCUUAACAAAUGGUACGAGAUUCAAUGCAUUAAUGAUGGCACUCCUUUCCUUUACGCAGUUGGCAAGGAAGUUGUGCAUAUCUCCCUACCCCUUCUGAGUGAAUUCUCGUUCGAAGGUUUUGAUUCACUUGGGUCGGUUCGCAUAAAAAACCCAAUAACUUCAAAAGGAUGUUCCAGCGACGAGAGAAAAGAGGCAACUGGACCACUUUUGAAUCUGACAGGUAGCCCUUUUUACGUCGGCCACAUGAAUAACCUUGUAGCGGUUGGUUGCAACAUCACGGCAUCGUUGACGAAUAUGGAGCCAAGCGUUGUGAGAUGUAGCUCGAGUUGCCGUACAUCACACUCUUCGCCUAGGCCUACACAGAACUAUCUCGCAUUUGUUGGUUGUAAAAUCAAGAAAGUUGGUAGAUUUAAUUCCUUCACUAAGUGUGAUGCAACAAGCAUAACGAAGGAUACAUUUUGCAAUGGCGUUGGAUGCUGCCAGGCAAGUAUACCGGACGAGCUUCAACAGGUCGUUGGUGUGAGUAUAGAAGAAAGUACCACAACUUCGGGAGGAGACUGCAAAGUCGCCUUCUUAACGGACGAGGCGUACUCUGUCAGACACAUAUCUGAUCCGAAAUGGCUUCACGCUCAACAAUAUGUUACCGUUGAUCUAGGAUGGUUCAUUCAUACAAGGAAUGUUUCCUUCAUAGAUUCCUUGGAGUGCGAGUAUAUGUCAGCAGACGGAUGGAUACCAGAUUACUCUGGAAGAAAUAGUUGUGCAUGCUAUAGUUCUUCGGAUUCAAGCUAUGCAAGUUGUGCGUGCAAUCGUGGUUAUAGAGGCAACCCAUAUACUUUGGGCGGAUGCAAAGAUGUUGAUGAAUGCCUAGAAAAAAACAAUACUAGAGGUGACGUGCCCUGUUUGGGAGAGACUUGUGUCAAUAAGCCGGGGGGUUAUUCCUGUUAUGAACGAAAGACUCAGCCGAUUGCCCUAGGGAUUGGACUCAUCACCGGAGCAAAACCAAUCUCUUUCUUGCGGUCUCAAGAGAAUAGAACAUUGGCAACGUAUUUCAUUCUUACAAUGAAAGAGAACAAACUCGAAGAAAUCAUUGACGCUCGAAUCAGAGAGGGGUGCAAGUUGGAGCAACUUACCGCGACAGCAAAACUCGCUAGGAAGUGUCUGAAUCUUAAAGGGAGGAAACGGCCAAGCAUGAAACAAGUGUCCAUAGAAUUGGAGAGGAUUCGUUCUUCGGGUGGAGAUUCACAGCUACAAGUCAUUGUCGAAAGUGAUGAAGAGGAAGAAACCGUGGAAGUGAACAUUGGAGUUGAAUCGUGGAACAACGUGGCUGUUACCGACAAUGUUGCAACUUCAUUCUUAGAUGCUGAACCCUUGUUUCCUCGUCAAACAUGGUGA